AUCAUCAUCAUCAUUCUGCAUCACAGCCCAGCAGUACAAACUCAUCACACUCCAUCUCUCUAGCUCUCGAAUCAUCUCUCUCGAGGGCAAAGCCAUGGCGUUCUUCAAAGGACUCCUCCUGCUUUUCGUUGCAUUGACCAUGGUUUUGUCUCUCUCCAUCACUCUGAAUAAUAAACAACCAAGUUCUUUGUCAUCAUCAUCAUUUCAGACCAACGAUGUUCAUGACAGCAACAAAAUGGACUUGGCCUUACCUUCCAAGAGGGUGAGCAGGUUCCUGGUGGCGAACAACCCGGUGUCGGUGGCGGCGAGGAACCCUAACGCUGCAGAUCACUGCAAGAAGGACAACGAGAUCUGCUACUUGUUAGAACCAGGCAAGAAUUCGACGUGCUGCAGCAACAAGUGCGUGGACUUGCAAUAUGACGACAAGAAUUGUGGAGCGUGCAAGAACAAGUGUAAGUUCACUCAAACUUGUUGCAGAGGACAAUGUGUUGAAUUGUCUUUUGAUAAGAGACAUUGUGGAGCCUGCAACCACAGGUGUGAGCUCGGUGAAUUCUGUGUCUAUGGCAUGUGCAAUUAUGCCUAGUCUAUUAUUCUUCAUCAUGGAUUAAUUUUAAUUAUAUUGUUCGAGGUUAUACAUACAAUAAAGGGAAGCCAGAUUUAAUUUGGUGGUUCAUUAAAUAUCUUAUAUACACACACACACCAAGACAUAUAUAUACGGUUAUUGUUAUUGCCAUAUUUAUAAUUACGUGCUUUUGCUUUUCUAAAGAACAAUAAUAAUAUUAUUGGGAUUAUUAUGUAUCAAGGAUAUUGACAGAAUUACGGGCCUGUGCUAGUGUGAUUCUUUUUUGUUUACCAUCAGUUUGGUUUUGUAUAAUUAAGGCGAGAUGUAUAUUUGUGUUUCAUUUUUCAUCUGUAUUAUGUAAGUAGAGAUUUAAUUUGACUCUUGUAAACAUGCAAUAUUCUGAUUCAAGUUCGAUGAUCAGAAGGGCAACUCAUGAAUAAGGUUCAGUUCUUGGUCAUGUAAUGUACGAAUUUUAGUUAUGAAAAAAAAGAAAUAUAUGAAUUUAAUUUCUGAAAA